AUGGCAAAGGCGAUGACCAGCGUUCCAGAUCCUGGCUCUGGCCGCGUCAAGCAUAUGGUACAGGCCUUCGAGAGCCUACUCAACAUCUCCGGCGCCACCUCAGAUGCAGAAAGGGCCGGUGAGGGCUCAUGGGCGCUGCCCGGGUUGCAGCUGUGGAAGGAGAAGCCUGAAGAGGCUGAUCUGGGGUUCCCACCAGUGUCGGUGUUCUCUUCGGCUGAUUUCCAGAAUGCAGGGUCUAAUCAACUCUGCUCGUCACUAGAUGGAAACACCGACAGGUUGAGCUGGGACAGCAGAACAUCGGCUGGCGAGUGCAGGGACAGGAGAAGCUCAGCUGAGUCACUAAGGACCAGAACAUCGGCGGGCGGGCGCAGGAGCAGGAGAAACUCGUCUGAGUCACUAAGGAGCAGCUGGAACAAAAAGCUCAAGGUCACCAGCCAGCAUCCAUUCAAGUUGAGGACUGAGCAAAGGGGAAAAUUUAAAGAACAACAGUUCGUUCAAAAGGUUCAAGAGAUGCUUGUAGAGGAAGAGAAAAGGCGUAUUCAUAUUGCGCAAGGAUUGCCAUGGACUACCGAUGAACCCGAGUGCUUGAUAAAGCCUGCAAUCAAAGAAAGAACAGAGCCGAUAGACCUUGUUUUGCAUAGCGAUGCUCGUGCACUUGAACGUGCAGAAUUUGAUCAUCAUGUUUUGGAGAGGAACAAGUUCGCUGAGCAACAAAGGCUAGAAUGGGAAAGGCAACAGGAAUUAGAGGAAGAAGAAAGGAUUAGGCAACUGAGGAGGACUGAGCUAAUUCCUAAAGCUCAACCCAUGCCAUACUUUGACCGCCCCUUCAUCCCCAAAAGGUCGACAAAACCGACUACAGUUCCUGUGGAACCUAAAUUCCACCUCAGGCCAGAAAAGCUAUCCUGUUACUGUCGACAGCGAUGUAUGGAGCUUGGAAAGCUGAAUCCUCAACAGCAGUGCCAACAUCCACUAUGGCAAUCGAGAAAUGCAGAGCAUCGACACACAUGA